CUCGGAAGUAGAAAGGUUUUAUGGGAGUUUUGUGUGUUAGGUGACGUCUGCCUGCUCUCUGCCGAAACAGCUGUGUCGAAGGAAACACUGUGGUUUAUUCACUGGCUUAACUGGGUCAUUUGCACCCAUACAUAACUAUCGGUGGGAGCUUUGAACGAGUUUCCCUGGGGGGAACCCCCACCUUACUGAAGAGGUUGCAUUUGCCUGACACGUAGCCAACUCUAAACCGCAAACAUGGUGUUAGCUGACUUGGGAAGAAAAAUAACCUCAGCGCUGAGAUCGCUCAGCAAUGCCACAAUCAUCAAUGAGGAGGUCUUAAAUGCUAUGCUAAAAGAAGUUUGUGCUGCCUUGCUGGAAGCUGAUGUCAACAUCAAACUGGUGAAGCAGCUCAGGGAGAAUGUCAAGGCCGCUAUUGAUCUGGAGGAGAUGGCCUCUGGCCUGAAUAAGAGAAGAAUGAUCCAGCAUGCUGUUUUCAAGGAGCUUGUCAAGCUGGUGGACCCUGGAGUAAAAGCAUGGACACCUACCAAGGGUAAAAACAACAUCAUCAUGUUUGUGGGCCUUCAGGGCAGUGGGAAAACCACAACAUGUUCUAAGUUGGCAUACUACUACCAAAGAAAAGGAUGGAAAACAUGUUUGAUUUGUGCUGACACUUUCAGAGCAGGUGCCUUUGAUCAGCUGAAGCAAAAUGCCACGAAAGCCAGAAUUCCCUUUUAUGGAAGUUACACAGAGAUGGAUCCAGUCAUCAUAGCUUCUGAGGGAGUGGAAAAAUUCAAAUCAGAAAACUUUGAAAUAAUAAUUGUUGACACCAGUGGUCGACAUAAGCAAGAAGACUCGUUGUUUGAAGAAAUGCUUCAGGUUUCAAAUGCUGUGCAACCGGAUAACAUUGUGUAUGUGAUGGAUGCAUCCAUUGGUCAGGCUUGUGAAGCUCAAGCUAAAGCCUUCAAGGACAAGGUAGAUGUGGCCUCUGUCAUCAUCACUAAGCUGGAUGGUCAUGCUAAGGGCGGUGGCGCACUCAGCGCAGUUGCUGCCACAAAGAGUCCCAUCAUUUUCAUUGGCACAGGCGAGCACAUUGAUGACUUUGAGCCUUUUAAAACUCAGCCCUUCAUAAGCAAGCUGCUAGGUAUGGGAGACAUUGAAGGACUGAUAGACAAAGUGAACGAACUUAAGCUUGAUGACAACGAGGAGCUGAUUGACAAGCUCAAACAUGGCCAGUUUACACUCAGAGACAUGUAUGAGCAGUUCCAGAACAUCAUGAAAAUGGGACCUUUUGGGCAGAUCAUGGGCAUGAUUCCAGGCUUUGGAACUGACUUCAUGAGCAAAGGCAAUGAACAGGAAUCCAUGGCCAGGCUAAAGAAACUCAUGACAAUUAUGGACAGCAUGAAUGACCAAGAACUUGACAACAAAGAUGGUGCUAAGCUCUUCAGUAAGCAGCCAAACCGGGUUCAGAGGGUAGCACGAGGAUCUGGGGUGGCCACCAGGGAUGUGCAGGAGCUGCUUACCCAAUACACAAAGUUUGCUCAGAUGGUAAAGAAAAUGGGAGGCAUUAAAGGCUUAUUUAAAGGAGGGGACAUGUCAAAGAACGUCAACCCAUCUCAGAUGGCCAAGUUGAACCAGCAGAUGGCAAAGAUGAUGGACCCCAGAGUGCUUCACCACAUGGGUGGAAUGGCUGGUCUACAAUCAAUGAUGCGGCAGUUUCAGCAAGGGGCCGCCGGCAACAUGAAAGGAAUGAUGGGAUUCAACAACAUGUGAACUUCUGAGCCUUAAAUAAAAGAUGAAAAAUAACCUUAAGGGUUUUACGAAGCAAAAACCCUAGUGGAGGAAGAUCGUUUAUUUUUUUGCCUCAUAUAGUACAGUAAUUAAUUAAACCAUGUAAAAUAUUGAAAGGCGUAAAUAUUUCUUAAGCCUGGUGAGCCUUGGCUAAACAAAUGGAAGGUUUGAUCAAUGACAAAGCAUGUAAUUUUAAACAUGUUUAAAGCCAACAGGAUAUGAUGCUCAAAUCAGGUUUUGUUUUUAUUUCUCCCCUUUACCAGAUCAAAUUUCUGGCAAGAAUCUGUCAGAAUUGCAGCUCAUUAUUUGUUUAAAUGGGUGUGUUGGAAAGUAAAUGUCUAAAUUAUAAUUGACAAGGUAUAGUGACAUGUCGUGUUCGUUGAGGAAAGAUUAAAUGUUUGCAGUGCAGAUUUGACAGCUUUGCUGGUCUAAAGAGGCACUGGUGAUUGUAACACAGACUGACAGACACGCACAGCCAUGUUUAUCCUUUUGUAAGAUGUUACCAGAAAUGGGCCUAGCUGCUUUCACCAUGUAUGAACCCAAUUUGAGGAAUACAAAAUCUGUAUGUAUUUUCUCUCCCUAUUGUGAUGGAGAUGCUUACAGUUGGAAUAAUAACUAGGUAAUCAUGGUUUAUUGUCUUGAGUGUUUCCAUUUUCUGGAUUUGCCAUAGAGAAGCUUUGGCUUUGUACCUGAAGUACAGUAGUGGCAGAUUAGUCUGUGGCAAUAUUUUGUCAUAACAUUAAUAAAUUUGUAUAGCAACAUUUUAA